UAUUAUAUAUUGGAUAAAUUUAGUGACGAUGAUGAUACACCAAAUUUUCAAUUUCUCAGAAACAAGAAUAAGAAAAAAAUUAAAAAAUAUAAAAUAUUAGAUUCUUCUGAUGAAGAUAAUGAUUCUGAAAGGACAAAUCAUGAAGAUGAUAAAGAAGAAUAUCAUUCAAUUAAUGAUUUCAGUAAUAUUUAUAAUUCUGAUUCAGAUUCCCCAACAGAAAGCAGAGGUAAAAAAAGGAAAGAUGUUACUCACGAUAAUACCAAGGAAGAUAUAAAAGAAUUGAAACUUAAUUCUUCUAAUGAUUCUCUUACCGAUGAAAGUUUUGUUAACAAUAAUAAUUUACAUGAACAAAGUGAUAUUGACCAAAAUGAUAAAAUAACAAAUAUGGAAAAUGAAACAUCUCAUGAUAUACCUGUAACUAUCGAGCUUGAUUCAGAUUCCGGUUCUGGACAAAAUAGUGAAUCCGAAUUUGCAAUGUCUUUUGCGAAACAAGAAAUUGGUGUUGGAAAUAUAGAUCCAUUGGUAGCACAGAAAAGAGCAAUGAUGGUUUGCAAGUUAGAACAGCUUAAAAAUCAAUUAACCAAGUCAAAAUUAUUACUCACUGAAGGAAAUAUCAAAGUAUUACCUGAUGAGGGGAAGAGAUUACGAGAAAGCAUACGCGAGAAAGAAAAAGAAAUCGAAGAAUUGACACUUGAAUUGGAAAAUACCCCUUUGGUGCAAAAGUUUAAUAGUCAAAGAACUAAAGUCACGGAAAAAUUACACUUGGCAAAGAAACUAUUGCUCAAAGACGAGCCAUACUUGGAUGAAGGAGAUUCAUAUUUGGCAACGGAAUCGUUAUUCAAAGAUGAGCCAUACUUGGAUGAUGAAGAUUAUUCAUAUUUGGGUAUAGACGGGAUACCAACGAAACCUACCACAUCUCCUGAAUUAAGGGAGUUGGGCAAAAAAGCACAAGCGACAAGAGAUAAGGAGCUUGCUUUAACAAUGGAACGAUUACAAGAUUUGCACGGAUCACUCAUAGCUCGUCCAUUGGAGAAUGAGAAAGCGGAAGAUCCAAGAGGAUUAAAGGUACAGUUAAUGCCACACCAACAGCACGGUCUCGCGUGGCUUUUAUGGAGAGAACAGCAAAAACCAUCCGGUGGUGUUUUAGCUGAUGAUAUGGGUUUGGGCAAAACAUUAACUAUGAUAGCAUUGAUUAUGACCACUCUUGCUAAUCCUGAUAAUGAUAGUGAUGAUAAUGAGGAAUGGGCCAGUAAGACGAAACCUUCAUAUCCUAAAGGUGGCACAUUGGUAGUAUGUCCCGCAUCCUUAUUGUCGCAAUGGGAAACUGAAGUGCGAAACAGAUGCAAACGCGGUUUAUUGUCUGUUGAAGUACAUCAUGGUAGCAAUCGACAGAAUGUUCCUAAACGAUUGGCGAAAAAUGAUAUGGUUAUUACGACGUAUAAUAUAUUAUCUCGAGAACAUAAAUCCAAAUCUACACUGUACAAGAUUAACUGGAAGAGAGUUAUACUCGAUGAAGCUCAUAUAGUAAGAAAUCAUAAGAGUCAGGCAUCUGAAGCUGUUUGUGGACUUGUUGCGACCAAACGAUGGGCUCUUACCGGCACUCCUAUACAAAACAAAGAAUUAGAUUUGUAUUCCAUUUUAAAGUUUCUUCGAUGUUCACCAUUUGAUGAUCUACAUGUUUGGAAGCGAUGGGUAGAUAAUAAAAAUGCUGCCGGUCAUCAGAGAUUAGCGACGGUCAUGAAGACAUUGAUGUUACGAAGAACUAAACAAGAAUUGAUGGCGAAAGGUGAUUUAGAAAAUUUACCUGAAAAGUUUAUCGAGGAGGUGACUGUGCAAUUAGACCCUCAGGAGCAAUUGGUGUAUGAGAAAAUUUUAAUUUAUUCUCGUACCCUGUUCGCACAAUUCUUAGCUCAACGCGCGGAGAAGGAACACAUGUUCGAUUUGUAUGGUGGAAAAUAUGAUAAACCUGCCUUUCUCGCGAAUCCAAAUAAAGAUACUCAGUUUACCAAAGCGCAAAACAAAUUGUUAUCGAUGCACGCUGAUGUAAAGACACAUGAAAUUUUGGUACUUCUGUUGCGAUUGCGUCAGGUAUGUUGCCACCCGGCAUUGAUUCACGCCAUGUUGGAUCAAGAAGACGUGAAACAGAGCGGGAUGAUGGAUAUAGAAAACGUGGAUGCUGAUUUAUUAUCGCGAGUAAAUAAUAUAUCCCUUAACGGAAUCGAGGAUAAUACAGAGGAGAAUGAAAUCGGUAUUGAUCAGAGGAUAGUUGGAAAUGUACUCACAUCUGAGAAUCCGGUAUUUGAUGAUGAUCGCAUUAGUUCAAAGAUGAGGGUGCUGCUUAACACGGUCAAACAAAUUUUACAAAAGGAUGAUGAUAAACUCAUUAUCGUUUCGCAAUGGGCGACAUUAUUGGAUGUUAUAGCAACACAUUUGCCCUUGAUAAAAGGUGCUACAUUUAGCAAGUUUACAGGAAAUGUUGCUAUCAAAGAUCGACAAGGUAUAAUGGAAUCUUUUAACAGUCGAAAUUCCGGUCCAAAAAUUUUAUUGCUUUCGCUUACGGCUGGCGGAGUAGGAUUAAAUUUGGUAGGCGGCAAUCAUUUGUUAUUAUUUGACAUCCAUUGGAAUCCGCAGUUAGAAACACAAGCACAAGAUAGGAUUUACCGUUUUGGUCAAACAAAGAAUGUAUACAUUUACAAAUUUAUUUGUGCUAAUACAAUAGAAGAACGUAUCAAAACAUUGCAAGAACGAAAACUUGAAAUAGCGACGAACGUAUUGAGCGGUACCAAGACUAAUGCCACUAAACUUACACUAAACGAUCUGAAGUCGUUAUUUGGUUUUUAAUUUAUAAAAUUUUGGAAUAAAAUAUUGAAACAAUAUAA